AAUGCUGGCAUGAAUUCGACAACAGUGGUGUAUCGGGACUCCUUAAGCACAGCUAUUGUCAAGAAUCUGAUUACUGUGGUUCUCUCUGUCUCCAUUGUCUAUGUCAACAGUACUUUAGUGCACACAUUCAAAAAACAUGAGGUUUUCAACACAAAUCCUCGUUAUAUCCUGUACAUUCAUCUGGUUAUCAAUGAUAUUCUCCUGCUGAGCCUGUUCACCCUCAUUCAAGUUAUCAGUUACAUUAUGUUCACUCUCCAUGUCCCCUUUUGCAUAAUUUUGCUGUUGACAGUCAUAAUUUGCAAUCUCAACAAUCCACUGACACUCGCUGUAAUGGCAGUAGAGUGUUAUGUUGCUAUAUGCUUCCCUCUCCAGCACCCACAGAUCUGUACAGUCAAAAAUGUAACUGUUGUGAUCCUAGUGAUAUGGCUGCUAAGUUCACUUGUAAUUCUGCCAGAUUUAUUUACCAUCUUGGUAACAGAAUCCAAAGAUUUCUUUAAUUCCAGAGUUUUCUGUCUUAGAGGAUCUAUUUUCAGACAUCCCGAGCUAGAAAAAAAAAAGGAUGCAUCCAACAUUGUAUUGCUGGUUAUUGUUUGGCUCACACUUUUAUAUACAUAUUUCAGAAUCCUUUUCACUGCACAGACAGCUACUGCAAAUGCCAAGAAAGCAAGAAACACAGUGCUGCUCCAUGGCUUCCAGCUGCUGCUGUGUAUGCUCACCUACGUGUAUGAUUUAAUGCUUAAUGGUUUGACAAACUUGUUCCCAAAAGAAGUACUGACCAUUCGCUACACAGUCUCAGUAUUUGUUCAGAUUCUGCCUCGACUCAUCAGUCCAAUUGUUUACGGGAUACGAGAUAAGACAUUCAGAAAAUACCUGAAAAGAUACCUGUUAUACACUCCAAAGGCAAACAUUCAUCCACAGACAACUCAGACAAGACCAAAGCAAUGUUACUAG